CAGUUGUUUGAAAGACAGAAGGCUCAUGGUGCAGAUUGUUGUUUCCAGUGCGGGGGCUGGAGGCCUGGCAGAAUGGGUGCUGAUGGAGCUACAGGGGGAGAUCGAGGCUCGCUACAGCACUGGAUUAGCUGGAAACCUCCUGGGAGACCUACAUUACACCACUGAGGGAACCCCUGUGCUGAUCGUGGGGCAUCAUAUCCUGUAUGGGAAAAUCAUCCACCUCGAGAAACCUUUUGCAGUCCUUGUCAAACACACUCCAGGGGAGCAGGACUGUGAUGAGCUUGGCGGCGAGACUGGCACUCGGUACCUGGUGACAGCACUCAUCAAAAACAAGAUCCUUUUCAAAACCCGCCCUAAGCCCAUUAUCACCAACGUCCCCAAGAAAGUAUGA